AAUAUCUCGGGAAUCCGAGCAUAACUAAAUAGCAAACUGGAGCAUGAUUGCAUCUAGACUCUCCAUGGAUCUCUUAUGAAGACAUAUGGGUUUCUAAUAAACCGGACAAGACGGGAAAAUGAUCAAAAUGCAGAAAAUCGAGAAAGAGAACGAAGGAGUUGGAGGAGAGAGAAAAUCCCAAAAUGAUCAGAGCUGGAUCCCAAAGAUGAUUAAAAAGAGAGUGUGCACCACCUUUGUGGAGGACUUAUCCAGUAAUGGGGCUUUGUGCCAGUGUGGUGGAGCACGGGACAUUCAUGCAUCCAUAACGGCAGAUGAUCGUGCGAUCAGUCAGUGGGACAGUGAACAACACACCUCUGAGUACCCCACUGAUGCCUUUGGACAGCUGGAGUUUGCUGGAGCUGGACGCAGAAACAGACCAUUUCUGCGCCUGGCACAUGAUACACCUCCAGACAAUGUGUAUUCGCUGAUGACGUCACAGUGGGGCCUGCCAAUACCCAAUCUGGUGGUGUCUGUGAUGGGGGGAGAGGGGAAGGAGAAGGUGAAACCCUGGGUGCGAGAAGUGAUUAGACAAGGUCUAGUCCGGGCCGCUCAGAGCACAGGGGCUUGGAUCAUGACGUCAGGUCUGAGGGAGGGUGUUGGCCGUUGUGUAGGUGAGGCAGUAAGGGAUCAUUGUGCAACAGCUUCAUCUCUUUCCCAGGCCAAAGUUAUAGCUGUUGGUGUUGUGCCCUGGGGAUUGAUUUACCAACGUCAGCAACUCAUAAACCCACAGGGCAGUUUCCCAGCGCGGUACUAUGUGCACAACAUGCCCCAUGAAUGCAGCUGCCUGGACAACAACCACCAGGCUUUCCUCUUGGUGGAUGAUGGAAGUGUUAGAAGCCGAGGUAGUGAAACAAUGUUCAGAGCCAGCCUGGAGAACUUCAUCUCCCAUCAGCGCACUGGCAUCUGGGGUAGUGGAAGCAUUGAGAUUCCUGUUUUGUGUGUGCUGAUAGCAGGAGAUGCUGCAAUGCUAGAGAGAGUGGAUUUAUCUCUGAAAAACACCAAUCCGUGGUUGGUGCUGGCAGGAUCGGGUCCAGCGGCAGACCUUAUAGCGUCAAUACUAAAGGAUCUCAACGUACCACUGAGUCCACCAGUGAGUCCCACUUUACCAAGCACUGCCGAGGAAAUCAGGAAAAGUGCCAGUGUUGAGCUCAGGGAUCAAGUGAGAGAGAAAAUUAAAAAACACUUCCCUUCUGUGACUGAAUUGGAGAAGCUUGUGGAUCAGGCACUUAGUAUCUAUCACAACCGAGAUCUGAUCACUGUGUUUCACGGAGACCAGGAAGGACAAGAUGACUUUGACAGAAUCGUCCUUAGAGCCCUCGUAAGAGCUGCUAAACGGGAUGCCAGUGACCCUAGUGAGUACACCGAAGAGCUGAAGCUGGCAGUGGCCUGGGACAGAGUGGACAUCGCCAAGAGUGAACUCUUUCAUGGCGACAUCCAGUGGAGGUAUGAAGAUCUAGAGGAAUCAAUGACUGAUGCUCUGGUGAACGACAAGCCCCAUUUUGUGCGCCUUUUCGUGGAAAAUGGAUUGAACAUUCUGGACUAUCUGACGUAUCAGCGUUUAGAGAGCCUUUACAGCUCGCUGUCGGACUGCAAUCCGGUGUUCUCUUUCCUCCAGAGGAGGCUGCAGGAGCGAGUGGGAUUAGUUGGCUCCCAGACCCGCUUAGCUUUACCUGAUGAGAAUCACUCUUUCAAGAGCCACGCCACCUCCCUCACCACCCCGUCUGCUGCUCGAGACCUCACCCUGUAUGAGGUUUCUCGGGUGUUAUCAGAAAUUAUGGAAGAUGUCUGUCAGCCAUUUUACUACACUCCUCUUGGUGUAGACCAGGGAUGGGCCUCAAGGAAAGCGAUGAAGCAUGUGAAUAAGUUGCUGCUAACUGAGAGUGUGUACCGGAAACAGCGCUGUAUGUCUCCCUGGAUAGCUCUGUUUAUUUGGGCUGUUCUUCAGAAUCGCAGAGAAAUGUCUAUCUACUUCUGGGAAAUGGCGGGGGAGUCGGUGCUAAGUGCUCUUGCUGGGUGUAAAAUAUUAAGAGAGCUCUCCAAGUUGGAGACAGAGACUGAGACCAAGCACUCCAUGAAAGAACUUGCUCAAACCUUUGAGAAUCUGGCACAUGAUGUGUUCAGUGAGUGUUAUCAGAGCAAUGAGAGACGCUCCUGCAAGCUUCUCAUCAGACAGUCAGCUGUAUGGGGGAGCGCCACCUGUCUGCAGAUGGCCACCGCGGCUGAGGCCCGGCUCUUCUUCAGCCAUGAUGGGGUGCAGACUUUACUGUCAGAGAUUUGGUGGGGAGACAUGGACAGCAAUACAGAAGUGUGGAAACUGGUCCUGUCAUUUUUCCUGCCUCCCUUCAUCUAUAGCAACCUCAUCAGUUUCAAGGAGCAGGAGAAGGAAGAAAACCCAGAGGAAUUUCAUCAGGGUAAAGAAUUAGACAGCAUCGAUGGAGCCGAGUCAUUGGCUGAUGUUAUAAACACGGAAGACGAUGUUGAGGAAUGUAAUGCAUUAAAAGGAAAACCAGAAGCAUCAAAGGCUAUUACUCUAAAACGGCCUUUUUUAUUACACCGAUGGCGGCAGUUCUGGUUUGCACCGGUCACUUCGUUUCUAGGCAACGUGUUGAUGUACUUCCUCUUCCUUUUCCUCUUUGCUUACGUGCUAUUGGUUGACUUCAAGCCCCCGCCUCCGGACGGACCCGCCCCCUCAGAGCUUGUGUUGUAUUUCUGGGCUUUCACACUGGUUUGUGAGGAGAUUCGACAGACGUUUUUUGUAGGAUCUACUACUGUAAUUCAAAGGAUGAAGCAGUACAUCCAGGACAUCUGGAACAAGUGUGACAUCACGGCCCUCACGCUCUUCAUUCUCGGGCUUCUCUGCAGGAUGUUUCCGUGGACGUAUAAUUUUGGUCGAGCCGUACUAUGUGUAGACUAUGUGGUCUUCACACUCAGACUCAUUCAUAUAUUUGCCGUGCACAAACAGCUUGGUCCCAAAAUUAUCAUAGUUGGGAAAAUGGUGAAAGAUGUGUUUUUCUUCCUGUUCUUCCUGGGGGUGUGGCUAAUGGCAUAUGGAGUAGCCAAUCAGGCGCUGCUAUACUCCUAUGACUCUCGUCCUGGUUGGAUAAUUCGGCGCGUGUUCUACAGGCCUUACAUGCACAUAUAUGGGCAGAUACCACUGGAUGAAAUUGAUGCUGACAAGCGACAGGAGAGAGAGUGUACAGACAACGUGACACUCAUCCAUCAGGGGGCAGAACCAUGCCCACAGUCUGAUGCGAACUGGCUGGUUCUUAUUCUGCUGUCAGUCUACUUGUUGGUCACUAAUAUUUUGUUGGUGAACUUGCUCAUUGCAAUGUUCAGUUACACAUUCAAUAAAGUCCAGGAGCACAGUGACGUACACUGGAAGUUCCAGCGCUACAACCUGAUCGUGGAGUACCACUCGCGCCCCUGCCUCUCCCCGCCCUUCAUCAUCAUCUCCCACCUCCAUAUCUUCUUCAAAAGAGUCAUUCAGAGAUUGCCCUCCAAUAAGAGCCAACACUUUAUGUUGGACCUGAAAAACAAAGAGGCCAGUUUGCUAAACACGUGGGAGUCAACGUUGAAAGAGAACCUGCUUUCCAUGCAAGGCAAAAAACAACGAGAGAGCGACACGGAGCGGCUUAAACGCACUUCCACAAAGGUGGACAGCGUCCUGAAGCAGAUGUCGGAGAUUCGCAAUCACGAUCACAGGUUGAGAAAACUGGAGUCGGAGGUGGAGUACUGCUCUACUGCCCUCUGCUGGAUAGUGGAGGCGCUGUCUCACAGUGAUCUUGUAAAGCAGACACGUCCACCUCCUCUUCCUUACAAAGGUAUUGCUUCUAAACGGCCCACAUUUUCCAGAUCAAAAUUCUGCUGACAGUGCAGAUACGUAAAUGUGUGCAUUUUAUAUACUCAUUUUUUGUAUGAUUCUUUGUGAUAUUUUAGCUUGAUAUGUUAAAUGUAAUGACUACAUUGUUUUUAUCAGAUUUUUUCCAUUGUAUGAGAGAUUUUUGAACAAAUUUGAUUUGUUCUAAAGUUUUGAAAAGUAAUAUUUAAAUGAUCUGAGUUGUCAAACAGUACAGAGGGACGUGGAGAAAACUGUCCUUUAAAAGAAAAGAAAAUAAUUCAAAUAAUGUAUUUAUGAUCAUAACCUGGUAUUAUUUUGUAUAUGAAAAUGAAAUAGAAAAACAUUGUUCUUUUAAAUUAGCAUUUUUAUCAGGGUCCUAUGUUUACAUUUAGUACUUUAAUGGCAAACAAAAGGUUAUUAGUCAGCAUUAAAUGCAAAAAUAUUUAACGUUAUGUUCAUAGGAGCCUGAUUAAAAAAAAUAUUUCAAAGAAAAGUCUUAGACUUUGCAUCGGAAGUCUUGCAUCUUGCAUCUUAGACUUAAACUGAGCAUAGUGCUCUUGUAUAGUCAGAGUUUUUAAAUAUAAUAUGAGUUAAUUUUUUCCCUAUACAGGGACAGAAAAGGCAUUGCAUAAUGAUAAUAACCACCCAGGAGAGCUGUAAUUACUAGGGCUGUCAUUAGAUUAAAUUUUUUAUGUAAUUAAUUACAUGAUGUUUCAACUGAGAAAAUGUCCACAAAUGAUUAUUUAAAGAUACUUUCUCAUUUAACACAUCAAAUAGACAUUUACAAAUUGAGGCUUUAGAAAUAUUUUAUUUGAUCCAACAACAAAACAUUUAUUACACAUGAACAUAUGGAACAUAAAAGAAGAUCAUUUGAGAAACAUCUCAGUAUUGUUUGUUUACACAGUAAUCCAUUGGUAACCAAAACAGUUGUUACCAGGAGUCUUCAAAAUACCUUCUUCUGUAUUUCUUAAAAAAAGGUUUGAAAUGAAAAUAAAUGUAAAUGAAAGAUUUUGUUGGGUGAUCUAUCCCUUUAAUAUUAUUAUUAUUAUUAUAUUAUUAUUAUUAUUAUUAUUAUUAUUAUUAUAUGAAUUCAUUAAAUUAUACUCUAAAUAAGCAAUUAAAUUUGUCAGCAGGUGGCUGUAAAUGUAAUUAAUUUGUUUCCUUCAUGAAAGAAGUAAAUGGCUCUUUAUAAAUGGGUCUUUGAGACAUUGAUUCACACAAUUUGUUCAAAAUGCGGAUUCAUUCAGAAACUAAACAUCACUGUGUUGCUCCACUGUGACACACAACAGUUCUGCUCUGGCUUUAAAGUUUAUUUAUUCUUUGCAAAACUGAGCAAAAACACAUUAUAUUGUGUUUAAAAAAUGACAUAUAUAAACUUUUAGUAUUUGUCCCGAUAUACAAAACAUGUCAUUGGUCAUAUGUUUCCUACUAUUUAUGCUGUGUCUUGAAAAUGCUACAAAAGAAUUUAUAGGUGAAUUUCAGUGCAGAUCAAUGCAAUCAUUUACAAUUAUCCUGUGAUAGUUUUCUUAUUGUGCCUGUUACUGACUAAAUCUGUAUAUUUCCUGUUAUAGUGUACCAAUUAAACUUAAAUUUGCUUUUA